AUGUGGAAGGCCGUGAUGAAUGCUUGGAAUGGAACCGAGAGUCAAAGUAAGAAUGUUUCAAAUAUUCAAUCUUACAGUUUUGAAGACAUGAAAAGAAUCGUUGGAAAGCAUGAUCCUAAUGUGGUUUUGGUAGAUGUUAGAGAACCAUCUGAGUACUCGAUUGUUCAUAUUCCUGCUUCCAUCAAUGUGCCAUAUAGAUCGCACCCUGACGCAUUUGCCUUAGAUCCUUUAGAAUUUGAGAAACAGAUUGGCAUCCCAAAACCUGACAGUGCCAAGGAGCUAAUAUUUUAUUGUGCUUCUGGCAAACGCGGGGGAGAAGCUCAAAAAGUCGCCUCCUCACAUGGAUAUUCAAACACCUCACUAUAUCCUGGCUCUAUGAAUGAUUGGGUUUCUCAUGGGGGUGAUAAACUUGACUUAUAG